CGAAAAGAAAACGAUUUUAUGCGUUUUUCACUUUCAAUAGAACGACAAUUGAUAUAACGUUGCGAUUGAAAAUAAAUCAACUUUAUUCGAGCAUUUAUUCCGUUUUUAAAUCCAAAGGUAGUUUAAAAUUUAAUGUCUUGAAAAACGUGUAAUUUAAUAAUUUUAAAUGUGAUUUGCUUUUUAAAAAAAUAAUUUAUUUACCUGAUUUAAAAAUUCUCUACGAUGCACCCUCGAAUUCGACUUUUUCAUGUAAAAAUAUGGUUGACUGCUCUAAAAAGCAAAGGAUCAGAGUUAGACGACGAUAACGAUGAUAUUGGUUACUUUUAUUGCUCCACCCAUCCGGAUAAUUUAAUAGCAGAAAAGAUAUGUAGCCAUAAAUAUUUAGAAGAAAGUAACAGUACUAAACAUAUCGAAAGCGAAUUUGAAGACUACAAAUAUGCUUUUGAUGGAGACACAUCUACUGAUGGUUCGGUUUCUCCUGACCUUAUACCAAACGAGGGUCUCAAUGUAAACGCUCCGGCUUUUACUUCUGUCAAAGCUAUGCCGCCAGUUAUUAUCACUAAAAGUGUUGAUAUGGGUAAUGAGCGCUGGAAACCAAAUGCAGCUGUUUUUGAAGAAAAUUUGUCAAAUCAGAUUUCUUUAACUGAAGUUCUGCAACCUUUUAUUGGUUCAGAUGGCUUGUAUUACAUUCCAACUGAAUUUGUAAAUAACUUUGUACAACCUGUAAUUAUAGAUCAGUUGCCUCCUGAAUCAAUAAAUCCUGAUGGCUUUAUUACUGUAAGUGGAUCUGAAUUAGCCAAUCAUACUGUUCCUAAUUCUGAUAAAUUGGUCAAUGAGCUUUCAAUUGGAGAAUUGAAGUCUUUAAUUCAGUUACAAUUUGAGUAUUAUUUCUCCAGGGAAAAUUUAGCUAAUGAUGCUUAUUUAGUUUCUCAAAUGGAUAGUGAUUCAUAUGUUUACAUUUCAACUGUUGCAAAAUUCAACCAGAUUCGAAAGUUAACAUCAGAUAUGAAACUUAUAAUAGAAGCUCUUAAAGAGUCUCCAUAUGUUCAGCUGGAUGAAACUGAACAGAAGGUGCGAGCUAAUAUGAAAAGGUGUAUUGUUAUAUUGCGUGAAAUUCCAGAAUCCACACCUAUUCAAGAAGUAAAAGCCCUUUUUGAUCACCCAAAUUGUCCAAAAUGGUCUUCUUUUGAGUUUGCACAUAAUGACAGUUGGUAUGUUACUUUUGAAUGUGAGGAGGAUGCAAAGCGAGCAUACAGACAUUUGCGUGAAGAAGUACAGUGUUUCAAAGGGCGACCUUUAAUGGCUCGUAUAAAGGCAAAGUUUCGUUUUCUUAGUUCUAGAACUUCGAUUUUACCUAAGAAUAGUUCCAGUCCGUCUACAAGUUCUAGGGAAAAUAGUAAUCUGCCUUUCACUAUUACAACCCAGCCAAUAAACACCACUUCACUUGUGCUUCCAUCAAGUGCUGUUUUCCAUGGUGCACAGGAAUUUCAGUAUUAUGCAACACCAUUGAAUGGCACAUCAUUUCUUCCUGCACAAUGGGUUGGACAAACCAAUCAAAUAAUCAAUCCUCAUGAGAUUCGGCCAAGUAAAGCAAGCUUUACCAAACAUAAUGGCUACCAACAUAAAAAUCUUAAUGUUCAAAGAGGUUAUUUUAGUGCUGGGAAACCUCGACAAUCAAUUAGAAACAGCCUACCAAACAAUGGUAAAGUUAGUGAGGGAAAUGGUAUAUCUGAUUUUGAUGAGCGGCAAAUGGUUAAUAAAAGGCCUGUUCUUGCUAAUGGGUUUUCUCCAAACUUUAAAAAAGAUGAUACUCGUUUCACUCGCAAUACAAAUACCCUUAAAAAGGAUCCACGUGGAAAUUUAGAAGAGAGUCCUCGUUUUCAAAGACUUCGUGAGCGUCGCAUUAAAGAAGAUAUUUCUACUGAAAAAAGUAAUGUUUCAAAAAGUAUGAAUUCUGAUAAUGGAAAUCUUGCACUUGAUCUCGCACUCGAACAUUUUCCGGCUUUACCAAGUCCGAAUUCUCCCAAUGAGAGUAUGGGAGAGACGUCCUUGUUAAAGGAUCUUUCAUCAAACAAUCUUCACUUCAUACACGACAAAUUGUCUUUAGAUUCCUCGCCUACUACUACUAGCGAUCUAAGUUUUAGUGAAGCUUCAAUGGAGCAAAGCUCUUCUGACAGCGAUAGUUUAAUUACCACAGUUUCAUCUCAUAUUGUUACGAAGAUUAGUUAUGCCCAGAUGGCUCAAAAACCACAAAAUAAAGGACAUUACGAUGGAGAAGAUAAAGACUUCUGUUCUACAUUAGAAGGAAGUGUUGUUUCUAAAGUUGAUUCUAAAAGUUUUAAUACACAAAAAACUCGUAACUCAAACAAAACGACAAAUAUAGUACCUUCUAAUAUAGAAUCAAAAAAAAAACUAGAAAAAAACAUUGAUAAAAAUGAACACAUGACAAUUAAUUCAAAGGAUACUUACGCCUCUAAGUUCGUCCAGUCGCCAAGUACAUUACCUGUAGGCCAGCGCCCGAAGAAAGGUCAUAGUAUGUCGAGCGAGGCAUUAUCGAACUCUCAAAAUAUAUCUAAUAUACGUCCUUUAAUGAGUCAGGUUAUUAAAUUUUCAGAUAGCAAAACUAACGAAUUAUCUCACCAAAAGACUUUAAAUAAUACCAUAGAAACUCUUAAAGUUAUACCGGGAGAAAACUAUAUCAACGAGACAGUGUCUAGUGUUUGCAAAGUCAUUAGUAGUGAAUACGAACAAAGUAAUGCUGUUUAAAUACGUGCGUCGUGUUUGUCUUUUAAAUUUUGAACUAAAAUAAACAUACCGCAUGGAACAAAAAGGCACAAAACUGUCGGGUAACUGUUUAUCGUGAAUUCUUUCGCAUAGAAAAAUUAUAAUGAAAGGUGGUAUGUGAACCAAGUUUACCUUUGUUUAUCCGUGUUUUGAGGCAAAAAAAAAAAUUGCAGAAAAGGCUCUGAAUCAUGAAAUCAACUUUAACAAAUCAAAAUCACUAUUUUCUGAACAAGAUAUUUAUUUUAUUUCCUUCUUCCAUUUUACCUAUCUAAAGAAGAAAUUGUUAUUAUUAAUCUUUAGCAGUUGUGUUAUUAGGAGAAUCGAGUUUUAUAAAAAAAUAAUUUAGUUAUUUCGCCCUGCUGUGUGUGUCUACAUAAAUAAAGUUAUGUGUAAAUUUCUCCAUUUCUUAUUUAAAUCUUAGAUGAUUUUUUAAAAAGAAAUUUAGUUUUUUUUUUUUUUUUUUUUUUUUAACUUAAAUAAAUCCAGAGUGACUUUAAUAGGAUUAUUACUAAUAAAUUUGAUAAAUUCUCAAUUUAAUUAUUUGUUAGUUUUAUUUUGUGUGUCAAAAUAGCAUGGUUUUAAUAAAAAACUCUCAACGUUUUUAUAGGAUAUUGGACAAAUACCAAAAACAAAAAUAUGAAUACUUUCCUGAAACUUUUUAAACUCGUUUCAAUUUGUUGGAUGUUAAAUCUUAUUAUUAUAAUUUCUUUGGUCCAAAAUUCUAUAGAACUUUUUGACUAGAGUGGCUUAAUGCCUUCGUAGGAAAGAGCCGUUUAAAUUUUAAAAAUUUAGCUUUGCAUUGCGGGUUUUUUUUUUUUUUUUUUUGGCAACACGUAAACGUUGCUUUAUCUUUAUAUGUGAUAUAAUUGUUAACGGAAUAAAAUGUUGAUUCUGUGUUUA